ACCAUAGAGAGCAGCAGAACAGCGGGGCAUCUAAGUUGAAGUUCUGGCCUCCUAACUUCCGGUCCUUUCUUGCAUGCGACUGCAGUCUAGGCCGCUCAGGAUACUACAAUGAGACCCAUCCUGCUCCAGGGCCACGAAAGAGCCAUAACGCAGAUCAAGUACAAUCGAGAUGGGGAUCUCAUCUUCACUGUUGCCAAAGAUCCUGUGGUUAAUGCUUGGUUCUCUGUGAAUGGAGAACGUCUGGGGACCUAUAACGGACACACAGGAGCUGUGUGGUGCGUGGACGUUGAUUGGGACACAAGCCAUUUGCUGACAGGAUCUGCAGAUAAUUCUUGCCGACUGUGGGAUUGUGAAACUGGAAAGCAGCUAGCCCUUCUUCAAACCAACUCCGCUGUUAGAACAUGUGGCUUUGACUUUGGUGGCAACAUUAUUAUGUUCUCCACAGACAAACAGAUGGGUUAUCAGUGCUUUGUGAGCUUCAUUGACCUGAGGGACCCCACUCAAAUUGAAGAUAACGAGCCAUACAUGAAAAUCCCAUGCAGUGAAUCCAAGAUAACCAGUGCCGUUUGGGGCCCAUUAGGGGAGACUAUCAUUGCUGGACAUGAAAAUGGAGAGCUAAACCAGUACAGUGCUAAGUCAGGAGAGAUUGUAAACAACAUCAAGGAGCAUUCAAAGCAGGUCAAUGACAUUCAGACCUCACGGGACAUGACCAUGUUUAUCACAGCAUCUAAAGACUGCACAGCCAAGCUGUUUGACUGUACAACACUGGAGCAUCAGAAAACGUUUAGAACGGAGAGACCAGUCAACUCUGCUGCUCUUUCCCCCAUUUAUGAUCAUGUUGUUUUGGGAGGAGGCCAAGAAGCUAUGGAUGUGACCACAACAUCAACUCGGAUAGGAAAAUUUGAGGCCAGGUUUUUUCAUGUGGCAAUUGAAGAGGAAUUCGGGAGGGUGAAAGGACAUUUUGGACCCAUAAACAGCUUGGCAUUCCACCCAGAUGGCAAAAGUUACAGCAGCGGAGGAGAAGACGGAUAUGUUAGAAUACAUUACUUCGACCAGCAAUAUUUUGAAUUUGAACCUGAAUAUUGAGGAAAUUUCACAAUUCUAAAUGCUUCUGUGGGGCAUUUAAAAUAAAAAUAAAAAAACCCUCUUUCUUCAAAUAUGGGCCAAAAAUAAAUAUAUUUAUUAACCGAGAA